GGUGGGCCUGGGAGGGCAUAGGCCCACCCACUGGGGAGCCAGGACCAGCCAAUCAGACUAUGUCUCCACAAAAUGACUUUAUUACAGACAGAGAUACUCUUCAGUUUCAUCAGCUGUCCGUGAGGCUGGUCACAGACAAUCCCGCAGGUGAAGAAGCCGGAUGUGGAGGUCCUGGGCUGGCGUCGUUACGUGGUCUGCGGUUGUGAAGCCAGUUGGACGUACUGCCAAAUUCUUUAAAACGAUGUAAAGAACGGAACAUUCCAUUGUCUGGGAACAGGUCUGGUGGACAUUUGUGCAGUCAGCAUGCCAAUUUCACGCUCCCUCAAAACUUGAGACAUCUGUAGCAUUGUGUGUGACAAACAACACAUUUAAAAGUGACCUUUUGCUGUCCACAGCACAAGGUGCACCUGUGUAAUGAUCAUGCUGUUUAAUCAGCUUCUUGAUAUGCCACACCUCUCAGGUGGAUGGAUUAUUUUGGAAAAUGAAAAAUGCUCACUAACAUGGAUGUAAACACAUUUGAGAAUAAUAAGCUUUUUCUGUGUAUGGACCAUUUUGGGGAUUUUUUUACAAUUUAAGCUCAUGAAACAAGGGAUCACCACUUUACAUGUUGCAGUUGAUAUUUUUGUUUGGUGUAGUUGCAGGGAGAACAAAGCGGCUUCACUCUGUAGCGUGACAUCAAGUGCAAUAGAAGAAAAUGUGCUUUGACGUUCCUCUCUGGCGGAUGGAUACCCAUUGAGCCAUGGGCUCUCUCCUUCUGGCUCUGCGGUUGCUGUGCCUGAUGCAGACCAGUGGCUCCACUGAGAAUGAGAUGGAUGGCAUCCACUUCACACUGCUCUACCACGUGAGUAACCUGGCAGGGAAGCUGCAAGCCUCCAACACGGAGUGUCUGCUGCCAGCCUUCAGCUACCUGUACUGCUGUCUGUGCCUGUCCCUCCCCCUCACUGCACUGACAGAGCUGUGUCCAUGCUGCUGUGUAACGCCGGGCUGAUGGACCAACUGCAGGCUACUCUGAAUCUCUCCUCUUCCCUCUCUCCUCCGUCUGCCCUGCUGUGCUGCUCUCGUCACCCUGCAACACACUCAUUCAGCUCAGGUUGUUCUGUCACGCUAACCCUUAUGAAGACCUUUACACAGGCUACACAAUGUACACCCUUAUGAAGACCUUUACACAGGCUACACAAUGUACACCCUUAUGAAGACCUUUACACAGGCUACACACUGUACACCCUUAUGAAGACCUUUACACAGGCUACACAAUGUACACCCUUAUGAAGACCUUUACACAGGCUACACAAUGUACACCCUUAUGAAGACCUUUACACAGGCUACACAAUGUACACCCUUAUGAAGACCUUUACACAGGCUACACACUGUACACCCUUAUGAAGACCUUUACACAGGCUACACAAUGUACUACAAAACACACUGGAGUGAGGAAGGAGCAGGGGACUUACCAGGGGAGACACACUGUCCUCUACAGCUGACAAUGGAACACACACAUUGAAUACAGCACUCAAAACAGAAAAAUGUAUCAGAGACCUUGAUGUUAGACAAUACAUUUGUCUUUUUGUACUGUAGGACAGUGUGUUGUUGAACAGAGAGCGUUGUUGACAUAGAGAUCCUGUUAAAUUACAUUCCUAGUUCUAUGGUUGUU